AUGGUGAAUUCUGCUGGGCUUAUAGACGGUGUUUCGAAAGUAUUAACAACCGAUGGCCCUAGUGGCGAUGGGUACAAAGUCAUAGAACAACCUUUGGGCACUCGGCGGCCUUUACGUAUCGUCGCGGUCGGCGCUGGAGCAAGUGGAUUGAACUUAGCCCGCCACGUUGAGUUGCAUAUGGAAAACGUCGAGCUGAUCAUAUAUGAAAAGAACGAAGACGUCGGAGGUACAUGGUUUGAAAACAGAUACCCGGGAUGUGCAUGCGAUAUUCCUUCGCACAAUUACCAAUUCGCGUGGGAGCCGAACCCAGACUGGACCAGCUUCUAUUCUCCGUGGUCAGAGAUACUACAAUAUUUCAGAGACAUCGCCAAGAAAUACGAACUGUAUAGGUUUAUACAGUUCAAACAGCAGGUCACCUCAGCGACCUGGUCUGAGGAUGAGGGAAUAUGGUCCCUAACGAUCAAUAGCCUCGAAACACAAGAAGAGACGUCCGAUUGGUGUCAUAUUCUAGUCAACGCUACGGGUGUAUUAAAUAACUGGAAGUGGCCCGACGUCCCGGGCCUGCACUCGUUCAAGGGUACUCUCAUGCACAGUGCUGCCUGGGACGAGAACUACGAUGUCACGGGGAAGAAGGUAGCUGUGCUGGGCUGUGGAUCAUCUGGAGUUCAGAUUGUCCCAACAAUUCAACCGCGUAGAACUCCUACAUGGAUCACGGCGGGGUUUGCUCAAAACCACGCCGGGCCAGGCGGGGCGAACUUUGAUUUCUCGCGUGAGCAGAAGGACGAGUUCCGACGAAACCCCCGAAAGUACCUAGACUACAGGAAACAGAUCGAAGGAGAGCUCAAUACCAGGUUUAGAUUUGUCAUUACCGAGAGCGAAGAACAAAAAGAGGCCAAGCAGUAUUCGAUCAAUGACAUGAAGGCCAAGAUCAAAAACGAAAGCCUGAGCAAGCACCUUAUUCCCGAAUUCGCAGUGGGUUGUCGACGACCUACGCCGGGAAAUGGAUAUCUCGAGGCUCUGUCCAAGGAAAACGUCCGGGUCGUGACAGACCCUAUCACGGAGAUCGUGCCACAAGGCAUCAAGACUUCCACAAAUGAGGUGAUCGAGAUCGACACAUUCAUUUGUGCCACCGGAUUCGACAUCUCUUUUACUCCACGCUUCAAAACCACAGGCCGCAAUAACAUCAUCCUCUCAGAACAAUGGAACGGUAGGCCAGAGGCAUAUCUGUCUCUUGGCGUGGAGAAUUUCCCCAAUUAUUUCAUGUAUCUAGGGCCCAACUGUCCGAUAGGACACGGCUCCGUACUUCCAAUCAUCGAACAUGCCACCAAAUACUUCAUUAACCUUUUCAAGAAGAUCCAGACGCAAAACAUCAAGGCGGUGGUGCCUAAGUCGGCUGCGGUGCGAGACUUCUAUGAGCAGACAGAUAAGUUUAUGGAACGAACUGCAUGGACAACGCCCUGUCGAAGCUGGUUUAAGAAUGGAAAGGUUGACGGUCCGAUUAUUGCCUUGCACCCAGGAAGCAGGAUUCACUGGUUCCACAUGCUUGAGGAGAUCAGAUACGAGGACUGGGAGUAUACGUAUCUCACACGCAAUCGGUUCCAGUAUCUCGGAAAUGGGUUUUCGACGCAUGAGGCGCCUGGCUUGGACACGACUUUCUACUUUGACCACCCGGAGAGUGGCUACAAGGAUUACUGA